UAGAUUCAACAGCUUUCUCAACCACAAGUAGACAGAGACACGUUCUGAACAGUUCUAUCUUUGCAGCCACUUUACUUCCUUUUUCCUAUGGCCUCAACAUCACCUUCAGAAAGAACUUCGUUGCUACCGAAUGGCGACGGUAGGAAUUUAUCUGAGUCCGACAAUUCAUUCCUCCAUCGAACUUCCGUCCUUCUCAAAGCGGAAGGAGAGACCUCUCACUAUGAUUCCUUUAUGUUUUUCGUUUUCGGCUCUUGGGUCAACGUCCUGCUCGUCUUUGUACCUCUGAGCGUUAUAGCUCAUAAACUCGAUUGGGAUGCUGCGUUGCGUUUUUCGUUCAGUUUUCUUGCUAUCGUCCCUCUGGCUUCGCUUCUGGGCACUGCGACCGACCAAAUGUCAACGAAACUAGGUCAAACUCUUGCGGGAUUGUUGAACGCUUCGUUUGGAAAUGCGGUUGAGAUCAUCGUAGGCAUUGCUGCUCUGAUGCAAGAUCAGAUUGUUAUUGUCCAAAAUUCCUUGCUAGGAUCGAUCUUGUCGAAUAUACUUCUCGUUCUCGGAUGCUCUUUCCUAGCAGCCGGAAUGAAGUUCAAAGAAAGUAACUUUCAAGUAACUGCUGCGCAAGCUUCAAGUUCUCUCAUGACAUUGGCCUGCAUAACUCUCAUCAUUCCAGCUGCUUACAACAGUGUCAAGCCCCCAGUAGAAACCCUGCUCACGAAUCCUCUCAAUGUAAAUCCUGGCGUCAUAGACCCGGAAAGAUGGAGCGGAUUAUUGAUCAUAUCCAGAGGGACAGCUGUUUUAUUGCUUGGAGUAUACGUAGCGUAUCUAUACUUCCAGCUGAAAUCCCACGCAUACCUGUUCCAAGCUGACACCGAAAAUCAAGAGGAGGAACAGCCUAGGAUGAAUAUCGUUGCUGCUUCCAUCUCACUCCUUCUUGUGACCAUCAUCACUGCGUUCUGUGCCGAUUACUUGGUCGCUUCUAUCGAAGAGUUUGCCGACCGAUACCACAUUCCAAAACCAUUUAUUGGACUAAUCCUACUACCCAUCGUCGGUAACGCUGCAGAGCACGUUACAUCUAUCUGGAUGGCGCUUAAAGGACAAAUGGAGCUCACCAUUGGCAUUUGUGUUGGUUCUUCGAUUCAAAUCGCUGCCUUCGUUGUCCCGCUUUUGGUUGUCAUAGGCUGGAUUUCUCAUCAUGAACUGACUUUAUUCUUUGCCAACUUUGAGACGAUUGCAUUUUUUGCGUCCGUCUUCUUGGUCAACACGCUCAUUCAAGACGGUAAAUCGAACUACAUGGAGGGCUUAAUGCUUCUUACCCUCUAUCUGGUCAUUGCUCUUGCUUUCUGGGUAUCUUAGACUACUCGGUUCAAUGAAAAUUAUACCACUCCUGUUUACUAAUCUCCCAGUUUUUCCUGCGCUACCCCGACCUUUUCUUCUAAUGAUAUGCUUACUUGACUGUACUGUACGUCCAGAAAUAACGGUGUAAUCAUUCUGCCCUCAAAGGUGCCUGCUGCUUCAUUCACUCAGCACUGUACACAUUGCACACACGAAAUUUUAUCGGUUCUAGUUUGCGUGACC